GGAGCGGGGCCGGACGGGCGGCAAGAUGUUCGGCUCCAGCCGGGGCGGCGUGCGCGGCGGGCAGGACCAGUUCAGCUGGGAGGACGUGAAGACCGACAAGCAGAGGGAGAACUACCUGGGCAACUCGCUGAUGGCCCCGGUGGGCCGCUGGCAGAAGGGCCGCGACCUCACCUGGUACGCCAAGGGCCGGGCGGACGGCGCGGGGCUGAGCCGCGAGCAGGAGCUGGCCGCCGUCAAGCAGGCGGAGCGCGAGGCGCUCAUGGCGGCGCUCGGCUACAAGAACGUGCGGAAGCAGCCCACCGGCCUGAGCAAGGAGGACUUCGUGGAGGUCUGUAAGCGGGAAGGAGGUGACCCCGAGGAUAAGGGCGUGGACCGGCUCCUGGGCCUGGGGAGCUCCAGCGGCUCCGCCGGCCGAGUGGCGCUGUCCCGAGAAGACAAGGAGGCCGCCAAGCUGGGGCUGUCCGUGUUCACGCACCACCGCGUGGAGAGCGGCCGGCCGGGGGCCUCCCCGACCUCAGCCAGGAAGAAGCCGCGCUCCGAGGAGAAGGCCGAGCCGGGCCCGGACAGCCACAGAAAGAGCAGGAAAGAGAAGAAGAAAAAGAAGAAAAAGAAACACAAGAAAGAGAAAAAGAAAGAAAAGGAGCACCGGAAAGGGGGAGCUUCGUCCCCCUCGCCCACCAGGCCCACUGGCUCCAACCCGCCCUCCCCACGCUGCAAGAGGAGACGCCACAACAGUGACUGAGGCCACUCUGCUGGGGACAGAACCAUGGAGCCGGAGGGUGCUCCCGGCUCCCCGGGAGCCCAGAGCAUGGCCUCUGCCCCCACCCACCCCCAGCAGCCUAACUGUGGCCAAGUAUCCUGUCCAGCUUUUAUUUUUCUUCUGUCAACUGGCUUUGUACUUAAAUAAAUGUAUUUUAAGUGAAGUUUACUCAAACGAAGUGGAGAUGAGGCACGCGGCCUGGCCCUGCUGGGAGAUCUGGGUACAUGGGCAGCCUCCUCUGUGGUCACGCAGGGUCCAGGCCGCCGGCAGGGAGGCAGAGGGGCCCAGCCAAGGUGGGCACUUCCGGAGGGAGGGAU